CCAGCAGUGACAUCACUUUCCAGAAAUCCCCUCUAGUGCUGUUUAGAGUCAACGACGGAGAGCCACAGCGACGAGGAGGGAGACGGAACAACAAAGGAGUUUGCUGCUGUCUGAGAUUCCCAAGUGUUUGAGCUGAUUUUGCAACCAAGACAUUAAAGGAUGUCCCUGUAUCCAUCCCUCGAGGACCUGAAGGUCGACAAGGUCAUCAAGGCCCAGGCCCAGUUUGCCCAGACUGCCACCCCCAUGCCAGCCAUCACUGAGGGAGCCUACCAGCCUCAGCUUGCCACUGCUGGGAUGCCAGGAUCGAGCUUGUACCCGAACCUGGAGGAGCUGGGAGACUACAUGGGUCUGGCUCUCAACAGUGAUGAAGUCCAGAGGAACCUGGCUUUGUUGCCUGUGGCUGACAAUCAAGUGGCACUUCCCUCCAGCUCAGGCGUCGGGGGGAUGGUGCGGCCGGUGACGGGGUCUGACGUCGGCAUCAGGAGGGCAGAGAUCCGCCCAGGGCUGCGGGAGAUUAUCCUCUGUAAGGACCAGGACGGGAAAGUGGGACUCCGGCUCAGGGCCAUCGACAAUGGAGUGUUUGUCCAGCUGGUGCAGGCUAACUCCCCCGCGGCCCUGGCUGGCCUGCGCUUCGGGGACCAGGUCCUUCAGAUCAACGGGCAGAACUGUGCCGGCUGGAGCGUAGACAAGGCCCACAAGGCCCUGAAGGCCGCAGCUGAGACCCGCAUUGAGCUCGUGGUCAGGGACAGGCCAUUUCAGCGCACCAUCACCAUGCACAAAGACAGCUCAGGCCAUGUGGGCUUCAUUUACAAGUCUGGUAAAAUCACCUCUCUGGUUAAGGAUGGCUCUGCUGCUCGCAACGGCCUGCUGACUGACCAUUACAUCUGUGAAAUCAACGGACAAAACAUAAUUGGACUGAAGGAUUCCCAGAUCAAGGACAUUCUGACCACCUCUCCGACCGCCAUGACCAUCACCAUCAUGCCAAAGUUCGUCUAUGAACACAUGAUUAAGAGGAUGUCCACCGGCCUCCUGCGCUCAGCCAUGGAUCACUCUGUCCCAGAGGUGUGAAGACCAGGAGGACUGUAAACUGUCAGGAUGUCUUCAGUACAGAGAUCUCUCUCUCUCUCUCUCUCUCUCUUUCUCUCUCUCUCGUCUCCUCUCUCUCUUCUUCUUCUUCUCUGCGUCUCUCUCUCUCUCUCUUUCUGUCCUCAUACCAAACCACCUCCUGCGUCGCAAUCAUCAGCACCAUUUCUCACACUUAACAUAAUCUUAAGAUGCCUUUUUUCUAUUCUUCAGUUCUUUACCUUUUCUACAUUUUCCUCAUCUCUGUUGAUAUGUCUAGUACUUUUUAUAUGUUAACCUCAUAGUCUGAGUAUUAUAUGUUUAUUAUCCUGUUUUGUUCGAUAAAGGACAGUAUAAAAUGUUUUUUUUUGUUUUUUUACAGCCAUGCA